AUGGAAAAAGCUGAAGCGAUUCAAAGGCACAGCACGAUCAUAUCUAUCACCAGCGUUCCUGUCGUAGUCACACACGAGCAGAGUGGAGGCGCGAAAACUGUGCAACAUAUCACGGAAGGUAAGGGAUGCGGCCAGGUCGAAGGGCGCGUCAAAUCCAAGACGCCAGUGAAACAUUGGUCCAAGGGGGAUGGCAGUGGAAAAAUCUUCAAUUUCGUGAUGAGCGACACAAGCGGUGAGAUAAAUGUGAUCGCGUCAGGGGAUUCUGCGGAGGAGAUUUUUGAUAUGAUCACGGUUGGACAAUGCUACAAGAUAAAUGCAUACAAGGUCAAAGCUGUGAAUCCCCAAUACCGAGCGACUGACCAUGAAUGCGAACUCCAGCUUACGAAGCUAAGUAAAGUCAUACCAAUCACGGGAAACGAUCUUCCAAAGAUUCAGGCGCAAACGACGGUUCUGAUGGAGCUGCUCACAAAGCCCGUGAACACGACGGUCGAUAUCCUCGUGGUUGUAUUCGACGUGAGACCACCCCAAACAUUCAAUUGUCGGGAUGGGAUCAAUCGUGUAAAGCAAACGGUGACGGUUCUCGACGAUAGUAUGAAAAUGGUGAAUCUUGGACUCUGGUCAGAGUUUGUCGGCAAAUUAGAUGGGAAAGAAGGCGAGGCAGUUAUCUUACAAAACCUUCAAGUACGAGAUUACAACGGGACGAGGCAAUUGUCGACAACGACAAACACGAUCAUCCGUGAGGCGGCAGGUGACGCCGACGCUGAAAGACUUCGUCAAUGGUUCAAGGUCGAUGGGUGCAGCCUUGAGUUCGAGGAACUUUUCGUGCUCACAGAAACCUCAUAA